AUGGCCAAUACUCGCGAGAUGUUUUAUGUUGGCGGCAGAUAUGUUCAUCAUGGAGCUCGUGGUCAACUCAUGCAGGGGCAGAUGUAUGUCGAGCAUCUCAAGCCCUUGUCAGGAACUGGGCAACAACAAGAACAACCAUAUCCAGUAGUCUUCAUCCAUGGUGGCACGCGGACCGGUGCGGACUGGCUCACCAAGCCUGAUGGCAAUCCGGGCUGGGCUGACUACUUCCUCUCUCGCGGCUACGAGAUCUAUCUCGUGGACGUCCCUUACCGCGGGCGGAGCCCCUGGAACCCCAGCGUCGAGGACGUCAUCACUUUCGCGGCCGAAACAAUACAGGAGAGGUUCACUGCGUGCGCCCAACACGGCACAUGGCCCCAGGCCAAACUGCACACUCAGUGGCCCGGCUCGGGCCUCCAGGGCGACCCGGUCUUCGACCGCUUCUUCGCCUCGGGCGUCCAGAUGAUACGCAGCCAGGAGAAGCAGGAACUGGCCUCGCAGGCCGCCCUCGCCGAGCUGCUGGACCGUAUCGGGAGGCCGGUGCUCUUCCUGUCGCACUCGAACGGCGGCGGUACGCCGUACCUGGUGGCGGACGUCCGGCCUCGGCUGGUCAAGCUGAUUGUCUCUGUCGAGCCAAAAGGCCCGCCGUUUGGAGGCAUCGGGAUGCUGCCGGGUGCGGGGAGCCAGUAUGGUGUGUGCCAGACACCUAUCACAUAUGAGCCACCGGUGGUGGAUCCCAAGAAGGAUUUGGUCAAGAUAACCAGAAGUGCUGCAUCUCCGGCCCUGCGUGACGCGAUACUGCAGGCCGACUCUCCGCCCCCUCGAAAACUGGUCAACUUGACACACAUUCCGGUGCUUGUGGUCACGGGGCAGGCCUCCUACCAUGCUGAGUACGACUGGUGCACUGUGGAGUAUCUGCGGCAGGCUGGCGUGGAGACCGAGCAUCUCCAGCUGGCGGAACGAGGCAUUCUGGGGAAUGGUCAUAUGAUGUUUAUGGAGAAGAACAGUGAUGAAAUCGCGUCGGAGAUAGACAGGUGGAUUGCGCAGACACUGGUCAGGCUCUCAGUUGACAAGACCUGAUAUCACCAGCCCUGCCAAAAUGCUGUGGGCAGGGGAUCUUGGCUUGGAUCCGUGCAUGAAAGGCCAAGUUUUGGCUGCAAGCCUGUCACACCAACAUAGACUUAUGAAGCUGAUCGCCUUCUGUCAUCAUUCUCAAUAGGGAUGUUGUAUGACUGGCUCAGAUGAUUUUGUAUAUAACGGCACGAAAAUCGGCGGGAACCUCAAGAAAAGCUGCCCGGCUAGCUCAAUCGGUAGAGCGUGAGACUCUUACAGAGUUUCCGAUU